CAAGUAGAGAUAGAUAAGCAACGUGUGAGAUGAGGAGAGGAUUAUACAAACACAAUGUUAGGAUUAAUACACAGCUGAGAUCAGCUCAGCCGGUAGUCCAGAGACCUGUAGCCUCUCACCAAGACCUCGUCUACCUGGGGACACGAUGAAGCCAUUCGAGGGGUGAACUGGACUCGGGGCGGGGUCAUGUACGUCCUGUGGACCCUGGCGGUCCUGACCCUCCACAGCCUCUUUAAGAACCUUAACAAGGCUGUGGAGCAGGGUGCCACCUCGGAGGCUGUGAGGCGGAAAGGUAGUCCUGAAGAUGAGGGUGUCACUGGUCAUGGAGGUGAUCCCGUGAAGAUGGUGGAUUACAGAGGAUGGACAAGCAGCAGAGCUGAGGGGACGGGGCGACGAGAAGGAAACGUUCAAAAUAUCCUGAAGAAUAGGAAACGAGUUCAGCCGGUCCAGCGGUCCAGCCCUCUGCUCAGUCCGGCGGUCAUGUUUGGCACUAGAAAGACCUGGGACCUCGGCCACGCCCCCUGCCUGCAGGAGCUCUGGAAGAAAGACAUCUCAUUGGAUGCAAGCUCAGUGGACUUCCUGAUGAGUGAUGGUGAAGACGACGGCUCCUUCUUGUCUCUGCCCUCUGCUGCCUUCUCACAGCGCCCGUCUCUGACCAAGGAGCUGACUGAAAUAAACGCACCCAGCCAGCAGCUGCUCAUCCAGACUCUACAGGACAAAGUGUGCGAGUUCCAGGCUCGUCUUCACGCUGAGGAAGUUGCCCGUCGCCUGCUGCUCCAGCAGCUCCAGCAGCAGAGUGUCCAGGAGAAGUUGUGUGGAGGUGGAGGUGGAAGUGGAGGUGCAAGAGGUGUCCAGGAGUUGCAGGAGGAGCAUCUGUCGGCUCCACACAACGGUGAACAACCUUCCGUUCAUCUCAUCUGUCCCAAAGAAGAGCAGCUCAUUACUCAGCUGCGCACACAGGUGAAGGAGCUGGAGGAGAAGCUGUUGGAUCAGACUCAGGAGGUGGAGAGACUUCGCUCUGAACUGGGGGCGACAGACCUGGAGAAGCAGCUGGAGCUGCUGAUGGUGGAAAAUGAGCGUCUGAAGCAGGAGCUGAAGUCAUGCAGGAGCUCAGAGCUUCAGAAUAUUGACGCUGCAGCAGAGACAUGCAGCGGCAGCCACUGCCCUCACAGCCAGGAUGCCAAGUCCCUUCAGAGGGAGGUUUCCCGCUGGGAGAGCCAGGCCCGGCAGAGGGAGCGGCGUCUGGCUGAGCUAGAGAGGGAGCUGCUGGAAAAAAGCUCCAGAGUGGAGGCUCUCCACCGACAGCUGGACGACUCCACCCGGCAGCUGGAGGAGUCGCAGCAGCGGCAUGGGGAAGCUGAGCAGAAAAUCGCCCUGCGACUGCAGGAUUGUGAGCAGGAGCUGGCCAGACAGGCAGCAGCGCCCCCCAGAGUCAAGUAUGUGACUCAGACGGUGGAAGUGGAGUCGGCUGAGGCUCAGAAAGCUCUGGCUGAGAUGCAGAAGAAGAACGGCGCCCUGCAGGAGCAGCUUUCCGUCCAGAGGCAGCUCCUGAGGGAGCUGGAGACGCAACUGCACGAGUCACAGAGGACCUGCGCGCAGCUCAGGACACAGAUCCUUGUAUACGAAGGAGAGAUGGAGCGAGCUCAGGGUCAGCUGGAGGUGGAGAUGCAGAAUCUGGAGGAGGAGAAGAACCGAGUGAUCGAAGAGGCGUUCAUCAGGGCUGAGAGCGAGAUGAAGGCUGUCCACGAGAACCUGGCCGGUGUGCGCAUGAACCUGAUGAGCCUCCAGCCCGCGCUCCGAACACUCACCUGCGACUACAACUGUUUAAAGAAGCAGGUGCAGGACUUCCCCUUCCUGCUGGAUAAAGCCAUCGCUGAGGCAAAACGCGAGAUAUGUCAGGUGAUCAGUGAGGUGAGCAGCACAAACCAGGAGCUGUUGCGUAAAUACAAGAGAGAGAUGAACCUCAGGAAGAAGUGUCACAACGAGCUGGUUCGACUCAAAGGUAACAUCCGUGUUUUCUGCCGGGUCCGCCCUGUCAGUCAGGAGGAGCAGGACGCUGCUGAUGCCAAAACCAUGCUGAGCUUUGACUCAGACGAUGACACUAUCCUCUACCUCUCCAACAAGGGCAAAAUCAUGACCUUUGAACUGGACAAAGUGUUCGCUCCUCAGGCCACACAGGAGGAGGUGUUUCAGGAAGUGCAGUCCUUAGUAACUUCCUGUAUCGACGGCUAUAACGUCUGCAUCUUUGCCUACGGACAGACGGGCUCUGGAAAGACUUACACCAUGGAGGGUGUGGCUGACAACCCUGGCAUCAACCAGCGAGCACUCCGCCUGCUCUUCUCUGAAGUAACGGAGAAAGCUCCAGACUGGGACUACAAGAUCACAGUCAGCAUGGUGGAGAUCUACAAUGAGACGCUACGGAACCUGCUGGGUGAUAAUCCCACCGACAAACUCGACAUUAGGAUGAAACCUGACGGCAGUGGGCAGCUCUACGUCCCCGAGCUGACAGAGUUCCUCGUGCAGAGCCCUGAAGACAUCAACAGGGUGUUUGAGUUGGGUCACAUGAACAGAGCGACGGCCUGCACCAACUUGAAUGAACACAGCUCCCGCUCACAUGCUCUGCUCAUCAUCACAGUGUGUGGGUGCAACACUGCUACUGGGGACCGCACACAAGGUAAGCUCAACCUGGUGGACCUGGCGGGCUCGGAGAGGAUCGGUAAGUCGGGGGCGGAGGGCAGUCGCCUCAGAGAAGCUCAGUGCAUCAACAAAUCUCUGUCGGCACUCGGCGACGUGAUCAACGCACUCCGGGGCAAACACUCCCACGUCCCUUUCCGAAACUCCCGCCUCACCUACCUGCUGCAAGACUCGCUGAGUGGAGACAGCAAGACACUGAUGAUGGUGCAGGUGUCUCCGUUGUCCAGCAACAUGAGCGAGUCGGUCUGCUCGCUGAAGUUCGCUCAGCGUGUUCGCAGCGUUGAGCUGAACUCCUCGUCUUCGUCCACCAGGAGACAUGAGAACUCGUCCACCUCGUCCUCGCCUACGCACGACAGUGUUGAGCUGGACUCUCCCCCAGUGACCCCGGUCCCUCUCCCCAUCUCUCGAGCGAGCAGUGUCGGCAGCACUCUGUCCUCUGCCUCCAGGACCCCCAGCAGCUCCCGCAGGAGGUCCCAGUCGCAGCUGUCCACAGACAGACAGGUAGACAGAGCCAUCCCUUUGGUGGGGGACAGUGGCCAGGACGACUGAAGUUGGUGGCCUGAGAGACCCAGAAAGUGCACCGUGGGACAUCUGGGUUUGACUGCAGGGUGUCGGCAAACACCCUGAGGGACUGUCCCUGCCACUUCCACCCCACCCUCUGUUCGGAGCAGGAUGAAGGAGCAAAGACUGAUGGGAAGCUCCACUGACUCUAAACUCUUUCAGCAGAGAACAUGGCCAAAUGUUUUGAUUUCCGUGUCUUCUCGCUGUAAUGAAGGACAUUUAAAGUCAAAAAGACUCGUGAUUUGAACUGAACUAGAAAAAUCAACACGUCUUUCCCAUCCUAAAACAUCAGUAUAUGCUUUCCAAUCACAGUAUUUCUUUUGUUUUUUUGUAACAUUGCACUUUACAAAAUCUAGUUCAUUUGAGUAUAAUAUAUGCAUUAAUGGUUAUAUAUUUAUGUUUGACAUGCUUUAAUCUUGUUUUUUUUCAUUUUCAUUCUUUUCUCUCUUUUUUUAACCCUUUGGUGGAAGGAUUCAGGCUUCGUGAAAAAAAAUUGAGGUUGAUCUUAAUUUUGAGAUGAAAAUUUCCUGAAAUUUCACAGAGAAGUGAAAUGAAUCUCUUUUUUUUUUUUUUAUCACAUCUGUGCCAGAGGCAGGCUCUGUGUCCUCAAACUCAUCCUCAUCUUCAGUCAGGGUACUCCACCGAUACCGAGCUGUCCGUUUGGACUUGAGCAAUACACAGAAAUAGUCGCAUACAUGCUCAUUGUUUUUCAAACGUCUACUGGUCCUGUGGAUUUUGUUUUGUUUUUUCUUAGUAGUACUAAAACUUUUUGUUGAGAGUGGACAAAUCUUCACCUUCCUCCAGCUCAUUGAAGUCAAGGAAAAGACACUUAAAUCCCCCCCCCCCCCCCCCCCCCCCCGCAAACAAUUCCUCUCUAUGUGAUCCUGCUGUCGUCUCAUCACUCUUGCAGAAAACAAAUCUAGUUAACCACAGGUGACCUUUGUCUCAAACUGAACAGAUCAGUUGUUGUUGUUGUUGUUGUUGACCAGGUGCUGAGCAUAAUGUGACGAAGAGCGCUAAACUAAAGUUGUAGAAAACAGGAAUGCUUAGAAAUGCAAUGAUGCUGCUGUGUGCCGUUGACUUGAUGAUCAACAUGUCUGCUUGCUUUGACUCCGCUGUAGAUCUCUACAGUUGGAAUUUUUUGUAUUCCCUUUUUAAUAAACUCUCCAAAACAAACGUGUGUCAGA